UUAUUGUGUUUUGUCUUCAAUCUGAGGACAGACAGAGGUUACGGAUCGAUGAUAUUGAUGAUCGAUGUGUGUUUGAGCAAGAGUGUGUUAACUUGAACCCUGAGGACAUAGAAACAUUCAGAGUGAGACCUCCUCUGCUCACAUACGCUCUGCUCACUGACUCAGGAAGCAGCAGAAGAAGGACCAGACUCACAACUCCAGCGACCGUCAGUGAGACCGGAGGACUCAUCAGUGAUCAAUACAACAGCUGAUCAGUUUGUUACUGUGAUCAGACCUGCUACCUCAGAUGGCGGCAGUGCUGCAGCUACCUGCUGAGCUUUGGCUACAGGUGUUCAGCUUUCUGUCCUGGAGGGACAAACUGAGCAUGCGCUGCACCUGUUCGCACUUCAGACACCUGAUGGAUAAGUCCCGUCCCCUGUGGCGUGGCUUCAGCGUCGUGCUACGACACUUUUCACGCUAUAACCGUCCAUUCUGGCGUAGCUUGGCUCAGUGGCACGUGGGCAGCGUGUGGUUGCGCUCAGGUAAGAGGAAGGACCUGAAGCAGCUGUCCACCUGGCUACCUGCUCUGGACGCGCUGCGAUUGGACAACUGGACGGACGGAGACGUCGACGGGCUGAAACUAUUCCACCAGCUGCAGCAUCUGUCGGUCACUUCCUGUUCGACGCCGUUAAAGAACCCGCAGUUCCUGCUGUCUCUGCGUCACCAGCUGACGCAGCUCAGCCUCUGUAACGUACAGCUCACCUGUCCUUCUGCUCACCUAUUGGCCGCCAUCAGCCAGCUGACCCAUCUAACCUCCCUGCAGCUGCAUCACGACGGCAAUCUGAGAGUCCCGACGCUCAGUGGCGUCCUCAGUCACUUGACCGAGCUCAGACACCUGUCCUGGACCAUGAUCACCUACAAAACACUGUCACAUGACUUCUUUAGCCCCGCCCACCGCCCAGCAGGUGGCGCUGUUCUGCAGCUGUCUGACCUGCAGCUGUUGAACUACGACGCAGUGGUAACGGAGGAAACACUGCAGCCUUUGUCCUGCCUUCGCAGCCUGUCAAUUUUCCACCUGUACUCUGUACCUGGACCCACCUGUCACCUGAGAACAUGGCUGACGUCACUGCCGCAACUCUGCAGCCUCAGCGUGCAUGGAGGCCACCCCCUGGCAGUGUACGCUGAUUGCCUGCCGUCCUCCCUCCUCAGCUUGACUCUCUGUGUGGAUCUGCAGCCUGAAGACCUGCAGCUUGUCUCCCUCAGAGUGCCUCGCCUGGAACACCUGCACCUGGAGCCUUGGAGCUCCUCCUCCAACCUGGUCAGACUCCUCCCACAGCUGUUUCCUCACCUGAGGACGUUGCGGAUCAGACAUCAACACGUGUCAGACGAGGACUUCCUGUGUCUGCAGCAGCUGCAGCGCCUCCACACUCUGGAGGUUCUUGACUCGUUCUACAGACCCGACCCGACCGACCCGAGCUGGGUUGUCUACCAGCCGAGUCCUCGUCUGAGACAGCUGAGCUCUGACCUGCAGAAACAGACUAACCACAGACUGCGAGUCAUCACCAGCUCGCAAAGAGACCCGCUCAACUGUGACUGUGUCUGACCAAUCAGAGAGUCUAACCUAACAGACUGACCAAUCAAAGAGUCAAACCUAACAGACUGACCAUCAGAGAGUCUGACCUAACAGACUGCCCAUCAGAGAGUCUGACCAAACAAACUGACCAAUCAGAGCGUUUAACCUAUCGAACUGACCAAUCAGAGAGAGCCUGACCACAGAGCAAAUCACUUGAACAUGGGUGAAUUUUUUUUCACUGCUUUCACUGCUGUCACUGCUGCACUGUGGUUAACUUAUAGCAGGAGUGUCACAUUAAACACUGUAUAUAUUAAAGCUGCCGGCAGAAAUCAGUAAAUUAUCUUUUUAUUUAUCAUUUAUGACGUUCUGAAUGUGGUUUUGUAGCUUUGAAAUGAAAUAAUAUGGAAAUGAUUUGAGGGAAACAAAUCACCUGUUGCGUUUUAAACUGAAAUCUUUGAUGCACUUCAAACUUAAAGGAUGUGAACCCGUAGAGCAGCUUCAUAAUAUAAUAAAAUAGAAAUUAGCUACUGGAUAUUUAGUGAAACAUUAGAAUCCAGAUUAUGAGAGAUGAUUUGAAUCAUUUUCUGAGCUGGGCUGUAAAUUAAGUUUCACAUCUGACAACAACGAGCAACUUAAACUCAGACUGCAUUGUGUUAAAGUUGUACGAUCAGAAAUCUCCUCAUUCUCAACAACAAUAUUCUAAUCUGGCUGAUGAAUAUUGCUCUUAAUAUUUCCGUCCCUUUUACAACUCACCUCUCAAACUAGUGGAAGACAUCCCGGCAGCUUCGUUCAUCUUUAAGCAGAAGUCUCUGUUAUCUAUACAGCAGAGCUAUGAAUUAAGCCAACAAGUUUAAAUAUGGAGGCUGAUGGAGAAAUCCUGCUCGCUGAAUGUUGUGCAGACACUGAUAACGUCCUUGUGGCCUUGGCUGUUGCUGCUGAAUGUAUUUUGCAGGUAAAUUCUCACCCAAACCGAUCUGCACUGGUUUGUUGUCAACUAUGCAACUACGCUAAACACAGGAUGUUCCACACUUACCUGUAUGUCCACAGAACACUGAGGGAAGCUACUAGCCUUUGUUGCUGUGAGGUGGAGCCCAGAAUGUGCAUUCUGUUUUAAUAAAACAUUAAUCUUAUUACUCUGAA